GCCAGGAUGCAAAGAGUUAAAUAAACCUCAUAUCGCAAUGCAUUCUGGGAUCGUGGAUGAUCUGCAAUGGCGGCUAAAUGGGGACAGUUUAAACUUUGCGUUUUAAUCUCGUUAUGUACAGUAGUCUUUCCACAUAUUUGGACGGAUGCCACAGCAAUAAAGUGGGAUGAAAAUGGAUACAUUCUGUAUUGUCCAUGCAUGGGCCGAUUCGGCAAUCAGGCGGACCACUUUCUAGGGUCGUUGGCCUUUGCUAAACUGCUGAAUCGAACGCUUGCGGUCCCCCCCUGGAUUGUUUACCGACAUCACGCGCCACCACACACUAACGUCCAUGUCCCAUACAGGGAGUUCUUCCAGCUGGAGCCUCUGAGUCAAUACCACAGAGUGGUGAGCCUGGAGGACUUCAUGGAGAAGCUGGCACCCAAACACUGGCCUCCGGGCCAAAGGAUGGCAUACUGCUUUGAAUCGGCCGCUCAAAGGAGCCCCGACCAGAAGACUUGCCCCAUGAAGGAUGGGAAUCCUUUCGGCCCAUUUUGGGAUCACAUUGGUGUAGAGUUUGACAAGUCUGUGCUAUUUGGUGGCCUGUCCUUCAGUGCUUAUUUUCAGCCUCAUUGGAUAAAAAGGUUCCCUCCUUCGGAGCACCCAGUGCUGGCCUUGCCUGGAGCUCCCGCCCAGUUCCCUGUCCUGGAGGAGCAUGUAGGCCUUCAGAAAUAUGUGGUGUGGUCAGACCGCCUGGUGCAGGAAGGAGAGGGGCUCAUGUCUGCUCACCUAACCAGACCCUAUGUGGGCGUUCACCUCAGGAUUGGCUCUGACUGGCAAAAUGCCUGCAAGCUGCUGCAGAACGGAGAAGCUGGACCACACUUCAUGGCUUCUCCACAGUGUGUGGGUUACGACCGGCAGACCGCUCUGCCCCUCACUAUGCCCAUGUGUCUGCCGGACCUGGCAGAGAUCCGACGAGCUCUCAAACUCUGGGUCAAGAAGACCUCUGCUCGGUCCAUCUACAUAGCAACCGACAGCGAGUCCUACAGUUCAGAGAUCCAGAAAACCUUCAAGGCCAAUGUAAAGGUAGUCAGUCUGCGUCCAGACACAGCACAAGUAGACCUCUACAUCCUGAGUCAAGCAGACCACUUCAUUGGAAACUGUGUGUCCUCGUUCUCUGCCUUUGUGAAACGAGACAGGGAUAUCCAUGGUCGCCCUUCCUCAUUUUUUGGCAUGGACUACCCAGAGAGAAGAAGAAAGAAUGAUGAAUUGUGAAUAUUUCCAAAAGCAAUAAAGAUAGGCCUGCAUCCCAUAUGAA